UGUUGCCCUGGCAUUAGAGCACGGUUACUACGGACAGAUUUGCCUUCCAAAUCCAUCAGGUUUUCAGCAUUUGCAGUUCAUCUUAAUUUCCCAGCUUAAUGGCUUAUGAGAUUGUGUAACUUCAUUUUAAGUCUUCCAGUUUUGUUGAAAGAAAGCAGAGCUUUGCAACAUGAUGAAUGGUUGGAGGUCACACGCUUCGAUAUAUGUAGAACUUUGGAAUAUAAAUUGUGUUCCCAAGUCAGAACAAGAGUUCACUUAGUCAAAAACCUGUGUCAACCAAGGCAUGUGUCAGAUCCUCUGGAACAGGUGUUCAAACCUUUACACUGGACAGGAAGAGCCUAGGUUGCUGACAAUGGCCUUCAAACACAAAAACACAAGACGAAUUGAAGGCCUUGAUAGCAAUGUGUGGGUUGAAUUUACAAAGGUGGCAGCAGAUCCCUCAAUUGUUAAUCUUGGUCAAGGCCUUCCUGAUAUAUCCCCUCCCAGCUAUGUUAAAGAAGAGCUGGCAAAGGCAGCAGCAGUUGACAAACUGAACCAGUACACACGGGGUUUUGGACAUCCAUUGCUGGUGAAAGCCUUGUCUCAGGUGUACGAGAGAGUUUGUGGAAGAAAGAUUGACCCUCUCACAGAUAUCUUGGUGACAGUGGGAGGAUAUGGAUCUCUCUUUAGUACAGUGCAGGCGUUAAUUGAAGAGGGAGACGAAGUAAUAAUAAUAGAACCAUUUUUUGACUGUUAUGAACCAAUGGUAAAGAUGGCGGGUGCAAAGCCUGUUUUUAUCCCUUUGAGAAAUAAAAAUGAUGGAAACUCCGGAUCUAGUGCUGAUUGGGUCUUAGAUUCCACUGAGCUUGCAAAUAAAUUUAAUUCCAAAACAAAAGCGAUUAUUCUGAAUACCCCGCACAACCCUAUAGGCAAGGUAUUUACCAGAGAAGAGCUCCAGGUGAUAGCUGAUCUCUGUAUUAAACAUGAUACCCUGUGCAUCAGUGACGAGGUGUAUGAAUGGCUGGUGUACAAAGGAAAUAAACACAUUAAAAUAGCUACUUUGCCGGGUAUGUGGGAAAGAACAAUAACUAUAGGAAGUGCUGGAAAAACAUAUAGUGUAACUGGCUGGAAGCUUGGUUGGUCUAUUGGCCCCCAGCAUCUGAUAAAGCAUUUGCAAGUUGUUCAGCAAAAUACACUGUAUACUUGCCCAACUCCAUUACAGGAGGCUUUGGCACAAGCUUUUUGGAUAGACUAUAAACGCAUGGAUGACCCAGACUGCUAUUUUUACUCACUGUCUCGAGAGCUGGAAGGCAAGCGUGAUCGGAUGGCUCAGCUACUUCGAGAAGUUGGACUGAAGCCUGUCAUUCCAGAUGGAGGAUACUUUAUGAUUGUUGAUGUUUCUACAUUAAAUGUAGAUCUCUCUGAUGUGGAGGAGAAUCAACCUUAUGAUUAUAAAUUUGUCAAAUGGAUGAUAGCAUCUAAGAAACUUUCAGCAAUUCCUCUUUCAGCAUUCUGUGGUCCUCAGACAAAAGUGCAGUUUGAAAAAUACAUACGUUUUUGCUUCAUUAAGAAAGACAGCACACUAGAUGCAGCUGAAGUCAUCCUGAAGAACUGGAAUAAAAAGAUAGCUUGAUUUUUUUUUUUUUUUUAAAUCAACUCUUCUGUCUGGUAUAAUCUUACACUAGGACUUUUUCUUGCAAAUUUAAGAACAAAUUACUUAGUACAGAAUUAAUUUGACAUUGUAAAUAACUUUGUGCUGCCACCUGCUGAGGAGUUAAAACAAUGAUUUACUCAGUGCGUGUAAUGCAAUUCAGAGGUUAUUUUCAGAGGUCUUUUCAAAAUGAUUGACCUUUUUCCAAAAUAAUCUACAGGCUCCACCUCUCUCACUGAAAAACAAAGAUUUCUGGUACUCUGAGUAAAAUGAAUACAUCAUAUAGGUAUUUUAAGACUUACAAGGAAAAAAUGGGAGGUGUUUUUGGUGUGAAGUCGUAUAGAAACUAGGGGUAAGACUUAAAACAUUGUGGUUUGUGAGACCUAAUAGCCAGCAGUGGAGGAGAAUUAAGACGUGCCUCAGAUUAGAUAAUUGCAGUGACUUUCUACCUACCUACCUACCUACUCUGUCCAUGCAUGAAUUGUAUCAGUUAAAUAAAGUGAUUGAGUUAAAUCAACGCAGUGUUUAUAUAUAGGCAAGUUCUAAAUGUGCUGAGCUGCAUAAUUAGUAUUUUAUUUUCCCACAUUAGUCAAGUUUACUGUUCUGAAGGCAUUCGUUCCCCCCCC